UGCCCACAAAAAGAUACUUUAUCGUAGCAAUGAUUACUCGCCACUUUCAAUACAGCAGUACAGCAACGCUCGUAUAAAAGACCCAACGCACCGCUGGACAGCAUUCAGUAGCUAUCUAGCAGUCUGACAAGAAGUGCAAGAUGAGAUUUCUGAUCGCUUUCGCCGCCGUCCUCGGCUACGCCUCGGCCUCGGCCAUCCUGCCUUUCGCGUACGGCAUCAACGCCGGCGACGCGCAAGCGGCCGCCAUUGACGCCAACGUGGCCGCGCAAGACCAUGCGCGCGCGGCGCUGGAGGGGAAUCUCAGGGCGAACGAAGCCGCCGUGCAGUGGAACACUGAGGCCGUUCGACAGAACGCGGAGGCCGCUAGGGACAUCAAUGAGAACGCUUACUGGAAUGGCGUCGCCCAUUCCCAGAACGUCGUAGCCGCCGCCCAAUCGCAAGCUGCCGCCCUGAACGGCGUCGCCGCCGCCCGCGCCGGUCAGUGGGGCGCCCACGUCGCGCCCUACGGCGCCGUAAGCGCCUGGGGCGCCCCCCUCCUCCACGGCGGUCUGGGCUACCAUGGCGCCGGUCCGGGCUACCCUGGCGCCGGUCUGGGCAUCCAUGGCGCCGCUCUGCGCGCGUGGUAAAACCGCAAAACAACUGACGGUGCUAACCAGAGAAUAGCCUUAUGAUGUUUUGUUUAAACAUUCUAAAGGAUUUGUCAACUAGAAGUUAAUAAAGGCAUUAAAAUACGAGUGUGGAUUUAUGAAACGAGCGAAGUGAGUUUUAUAAAAGGACCACACAAGUGUUUUAAUGCCUAAUUAUAUUUAGACCUUUGACACGCUCGAUAAAUCUCGAUGCAGUAGCGAUACAGUCAUGAAUACGCGGCUGUCAAAAGCGCGUAUAUAUCGCUUUGUGUAUCGCUUUUAUAGCUAUUUUUGAUCAAGUUAUGGUAUGUUUAUAGCAGAGCUCAAAACUGAACUCUAAUAACAAUUUUAUAAAGUUAAAAUCACUGUAAACUGCACCGUAUUCGCAAUUUGAGUACUAGUCCCAUCUUUACUUAAAUCGGACUAUGUUCAGUCUAUAGUGGACUUUAUAUCAAUGUAUAUAAGAUUCAAAACGUUUCUCUGGUUAGUUAUACGUACGAACUGGAUCUGAUAGGAAACAAUGAUUGCUCAACGGAAAAACAAACGGUCUCAUUUAGUAACUCUCUUUGUAGAUACCCUAAUGCCAUCACUGCCAAAGUGUAAAUAAAUACACAUUUUUAAGACGA